CAAACGUGGCCGGCCACCUGGAGGGGUGGGUCCACGGAAAUUACGCCUCACCCAGGCUUGGUUGGUCCCUGAACCGGAAGAAGGUGAUGGUGGCUGACGAGGUCCAAACCUCCUUCGUUCUCUCUGUUUAUCAUUUCCCUCCUCCUCCGCGGGAGCUGAGCGCCAAACUCAAACUCUUCUGGACCCGCACUUCUUUAAGCUGGUACCGAGGGCCAGGCCUGCUGGGCUUUUUCACCCUCCCGUCGGGGCAGCGGUCCGACAUGAGUCAAGUUCUGUUCCAGCAACUUGUUCCCUUGCUAGUGAAAUGCAAAGACUGCGAGGAGAGGAGGGGGAGCGUUAGAGUGAGCAUUGAACUGCAGUCACUUUCUAACCCAGUCCACAGGAAGGAUUUAGUCAUCCGUCUGACAGAUGACACAGACCCAUUUUUUCUGUAUAACCUUGUUAUAUCUGAGGAAGAUUUUCAAAGUUUAAAGUUGCAGCAAGGUCUCCUGGUGGACUUCUUAGCUUUUCCACAGAAGUUUAUAGACCUCCUUCAGCAGUGUAUGCAGGAGCAUGUGAAAGAGACCCCAAGGUUUCUGCUGCAGCUCAUUUCUUCAGCUGCCCUUUUGGAUAACUCACCGGUGCUUUUAAAUGUAGUAGAGACAAACCCUUUUAAGCAUCUUAUUCACCUGUCACUCAAGCUUUUACCUGGAAAUGAUGUAGAGAUAAAGAAAUUUCUAGCAGGAUGUUUGAAAUGUAGCAAGGAAGAAAAAUUAUCACUGACUAAAUCACUAGAUGAUGUUACCAGGCAACUGCACAUUACACAAGAGACGUUAUCGGAAAAAAUGCAAGAAUUAGAGAAGCUGCGGAGUGAGUGGGCCUCGCACACGGCGUCGUUGACGAAUAAGCAUUCUCAGGAGUUAACAACCGAGAAGGAAAAGGCCUUGCAGACACAAGUUCAGUACCAACAGCAGCAUGAACAACAGAAAAAGGAUCUGGAAGCCCUUCAUCAACGAAAUAUCCACCAGCUACAAAACAGAUUGUCCGAGGUAGAGGCAGCUAAUAAAGAGCUCACCGAGAGGAAGUACAAAGGAGACUCCGCCGUCAGAGAACUAAAAGCGAAGCUUGCUGGUGUGGAAGAGGAGCUGCAGCGGGCCAAGCAGGAGGUGCUUUCUCUGCGCAGAGAGAACUGUGCUCUGGACACUGAAUGCCACGAGAAAGAAAAGCAAAUUAACCAGCUACAAACGAAAGUGGCCGUUCUCGAGCAGGAGAUCAAAGAUAAAGACCAGCUUGUUCUGAGAACAAAAGAAGCAUUCGAUACCAUCCAAGAGCAAAAGCAGGUGGCCUUAGAAGAAAAUGGUGAGAAAAAUCAGAUACAACUGGGAAAACUUGAAGCUACAAUAAAAUCAUUAUCAGCCGAACUUCUAAAGGCAAAUGAGAUUAUCAAGAAGUUACAAGGAGAUCUUAAAACUCUGAUGGGUAAAUUGAAACUGAAGAAUACCGUUACUAUUCAGCAAGAAAAACUAUUGGCUGAGAAAGAAGAAAUGCUACAAAAGGAGCGAAAGGAAGCGCAGGAUGCUGGGCAGUCUCUUCGAGCCAAAGAGCAAGAGGUAUGCAGAUUACAAGAACAAUUAGAAACUACAGUUCAGAAACUCGAAGAAAGUAAACAACUUUUGAAAAAUAAUGAAAAAUUAAUCACCUGGCUAAACAAAGAGCUGAAUGAAAAUCAGCUGGGCAGAAAGCAGGACGCACUGGGGGCUUCUGCCACACCGCCCACACAUUCCAGCAGCAACACCAUCAGGGGCGGGCUUUCUCCCAACCUGAAUGUGGUUGAAAGACUAAAUUAUCCAAGCUGUGGAAUUGGCUAUCCUGUCUCCUCUGCGUUCACAUUCCAGAAUGCUUUUCCUCAUGCACUAGCUGCCAAAAACACCAGCCAUCCAAUCUCUGGACCAAAGGUUCAGUUUAACUUACAGUUUACAAAACCAAGCACAUCGACGGACGGGCAGCCAGGAGCAGCCAGCAGGCCUUGUCCAAAUGACAAGGAGAAUGGCGAAAAUUUAGGAUUGGAAUCCAAAUACCUGAAGAAAAGAGAAGAUAGCAUUCCUUUACGUGGACUCAGCCAGAAUCUGUUUAGUAAUUCAGACCAUCAGAAGGAUGGCACGCUGGGAGCGCUACAGACAUCUUCCAAACCCACAGUUCUCUCGGCCUCUUCUUCAUCCUAUUUCCCUGGGCAGUUAGCAAGUAGUUAGUCCAACACCUUUUAUGGCUUACUGACAGUUUAGGAAUUCAAGUGAUUUAACAGACCAUUAAUAACAAAACCAAUUUUUUUCUUGUUCCUGUUGGGUCAUUUGGAUACUUUAUAAUACUGCUGCCAUUUACAAACUUAGGAAAUUGAUAAGGAUUCUGAGUAAAUGGAAUGUUUUUUUUUCUGUGAAUGGAAGAAUGUUUCAAAAAAAAAAAAAGUCACUGAAUUGUAUCAAAUUCUUUAUUAGUUGGUCUGAAUAGGGACACUUAAAGAUAUUCCUGCAGAGAAUAAGCUGAAGACUUGUAAUUCAUACUAAUUUUAUUAGUAAAAAAAUUAUUAAUUUGCCACCUGAGAGUUGGGAGAGCUUCCACCUGUGAUCAUCCUUUGAGUUCUUAUACUACUUUCAAAGUUUCUUUCCAUUUUUUUUUUUUUUGUUUUUGGAGACAGGGUCUCUCUAUUAAGUGUCCAGGCUGUCCUGGAACUUUCUAUGUAUGUAGACCAGGCUGGUCUCAAACCCAGAUCCACCUCCCAAGACCUGGGACUAAAGCUGUGAACACGGAGCCUGAUUUAUACAAUAGAUUUGGUUUCUCCCAGAUGGUCUCCAGUUUCUUACCUACCCAAUUUCAUGCUCUUUCUCCCUUAAAAAGAAAAUUAAAAUAACCAACCAGUAAGAUAAAAAUAUCAAACCAAAAACAAUGGAUUCGACCUUGUGCUAGUCAACAACUCCUGGGUAUGGGCAUUUGGAGUUUGGUUGAUAUACCUACUGACAAGUCUUAAGCACUUUGAGUGAAAGUAAGUAUUCAUAGCGAGUAAAUUAUUUUCUGAUGCAUUUGAUCUCUGAAAUAAUUUUUAUAUAAAAGUAAUUUCAGUAUAUUUACUGGGACAGUGUAUUUACAUGACUGAAGUGGUUUAGACAUCUGGGCAUAGUUGAUUUUGACACUUCCAUACAAGAUCAUCAGUGUAAUACCACCAUAAAAAAAUCAUGGUGCUUUCUAUAAUAUUGAAAUUUGUGCUCAGUGUUAAUAAAGUGGGAAAGUUAACUACUGGAAGUUACACCUUUCUCAUUAUUAAAAACUUCAAGAAUUAUUUCUUGGAAAUUAGUUUCAAAAAGCCAAAAAACAACACUGUAUAAUCUUAGAGGUCUAAUUUUGUUUUCUUGUUGAUAACCACCAAGGAAAUUAAAAUCCUAAGACCCCCAAAUCUUAUCUGUAAAAUGUAACAAUCAUGUGAUUUUAAAAGUUUCAAGGGGCUGAAGAGAUGGCUUAGUGGUUGAUUAGCACUAAAUACUCUUUCAGAGGACAUGAGUUCUAAUCUCAGCACCCACAGGACAGCUCACAACUGUAUGUCACCCAGACAGCAUCGGGCAUGCAUUUGGUUUCUAGAUAUACAUGCAGGCAAAACAUUUAUACACAUUAAUUUUUUUCCAAGUACUUUGCAUCGUUGAGAACAUUUUGAGACCGUGACAUAUUAACUACAAGGGCCACAGAAGUCUCCCUUUCAGGAUGAUGGUAACUGCAGCUGUCUUCAACAGGUGCUGUAAUAGAAGUUCACAGGAGACUUUCAGGAUGAUGGUAACUGCACCUGUCUUCAACAGGGGCCGUAACAGAGGUUCAGUGAUAGGAAGCGUAUUACUACAACCACCUGAAAGCACUUAUUCGGGAAAGACGUCUCAGCAGCACAGGACUGUUGUAAAUACUAUAAAAUAAACAUAAGAGCUUGUGGCAGGCUUUGGAAAAGGAUAUAAGACGUAUAUAGCUUUUUAAAAGAGAUGCCCUCCCCUUACUAUUUAUAACCAUGUUUCCAAGACAGGACAGCUCUUUUCCACAGCAGGCUGUUGGGGAGCUGUCCAUGCUCCAUGCCCACGCACAAACAGCCCUAACUCUCUGCUCUACCUCGUCAGCUUUUGUUUGAAAUUGUGUUGUAUAACUGUAUAUGUGUUAAUAAUCAAAAUGUUCCUUUUUGCUAUUUCUGAAAACUGUGACCUUUGUUAAUAAAGUACUGAAAAUCUCA